AAUAAAUUCUGCCGUACAAGGUCUGCAAAAGGGACGCGGCUCGAAGCUGACCUUUCUCAAGGACCAUGAAUUUCAAACUUCUAAUAUACAUUUCGAUAUGAUGUCCUUAACUCCUAGUCCAACAGCUAUUCUUAAUACUCUGUGCAAAGAGUUUCUUCAUGCUAAUGUAACUGCCAUCCUUUACAUGAUGAAUUAUGAGUCGUAUGGACGGAGCACAGCUUCUGCACAAUAUUUCUUGCAAUUGGCUGGGUAUCUAGGCAUCCCGGUGAUUUCAUGGAAUGCUGAUAAUUCUGGACUUGAACGUCGUGCUUCACAGUCAGCAUUGCAGCUACAACUUGCUCCUAGUAUAGAGCAUCAAAGUGCUGCAAUGCUAAGUAUAUUAGAACGAUACAAAUGGCAUCAAUUUUCGGUUGUAACGUCACAAAUUGCUGGUCAUGAUGAUUUCGUUCAAGCUGUUCGUGAGCAAGUAGCUGCGAUGGAUCAUUUUAAAUUUACAAUUCUCAAUUCGAUCAUCGUCACACGACCAAGCGAUCUACUGGAGUUAGUAAAUAGUGAGGCACGCGUUAUGUUGCUUUAUUGUACUAAAAGCGAAGCAAUAGAAAUUCUACAUGCUGCAGAGGAGUUACAGAUAACUGGUGAAAACUAUGUAUGGGUAGUCACACAAAGCGUGAUCGAAAAUACCCAAACGCAUCCACAGUUCCCCGUGGGUAUGUUAGGCGUUCACUUUGACACUUCUUCUGGAGCGCUGGUAAAUGAAAUAGCGACUGCUAUUCGUGUGUAUGCUUACGGCGUGGAGUAUUACUUGAAUGACGUCAAAAAUACUGGGCGACGAUUGGACACUCAUCAACUUUCCUGUGAAGAUCAAGGCCGAGGUCGGUGGGACAGUGGUGAAGUAUUUUUUAAAUAUCUGCGUAACGUUUCGCUUGAAAGUGAAUCAAAUAAGCCGAACAUCGAAUUCACCGCCGAUGGUGACUUAAAGUCUGCCGAGUUGAAAAUAAUGAAUUUACGCCCGAGUGUCAACAGUAAAGGACUAGUAUGGGAAGAAAUCGGCGUUUGGAAAUCAUGGCAACAGCAAAAACUCGAUAUUCGUGACAUCGCAUGGCCGGGAAAUUCGCAUACACCACCGCAAGGUGUGCCAGAAAAGUUUCAUCUGAAAAUAACGUUUUUGGAAGAAGCGCCGUACAUCAAUCUAUCGCCAGCGGAUCCUGUUAGUGGUAAGUGCCUGAUGGACCGGGGAGUCCUAUGCAGAGUGGCUGCAGAUCAUGAGAUGACUGAUAUCGAUAUGGGUCAGGCACACAAGAAUGGAUCUUUUUACCAGUGUUGUAGCGGUUUUUGUAUAGAUCUGUUGGAGAAAUUUGCAGAAGAGCUAGGAUUCACCUAUGAGUUAGUACGUGUGGAGGAUGGCAAAUGGGGUACGUUGGAAAACGGCAAAUGGAAUGGGUUGAUUCAUGAGUUAGUCAAUCGUAAAACGGAUAUGGUACUGACUUCUCUAAUGAUAAAUGCUGAACGCGAGGCGGUCGUGGAUUUUAGUGAACCUUUUAUGGAAACAGGAAUUGCUAUUGUAGUGGCGAAACGAACUGGUAUAAUAUCACCCACCGCUUUCCUCGAACCUUUCGAUACUGCUUCAUGGAUGUUAGUGGGAAUUUUUGCCAUUCAGGCUGCUACUUUCAUGAUAUUCCUAUUCGAAUGGUUGUCACCCAGUGGAUAUGAUAUGAAAACAGUUUUACAAAACGGCCAAUCAACGCCGUACCGGUUUUCUUUGUUCCGUACGUAUUGGUUAGUUUGGGCCGUGCUAUUUCAGGCUGCGGUACAUGUGGAUUCACCGCGCGGUUUCACUUCACGUUUCAUGACCAAUGUAUGGGCUAUGUUUGCUGUUGUGUUUCUCGCUAUCUAUACUGCAAACUUGGCUGCGUUCAUGAUAACGCGAGAAGAGUUCCACGAAUUCACGGGGCUGGAUGACUCGCGUCUCUCGCAUCCGUUUUCGCAUAAACCUACAAUUAAAUUUGGUACUAUUCCAUGGAGUCACACUGACUCGACAAUAUCGAAAUAUUUUAAGGAAAUGCAUUACUACAUGAAACAAUACAACCGAUCGAGUGUGGCAGACGGUGUAACGGCUGUACUCAGCGGCCAUCUUGAUGCAUUUAUUUAUGAUGGAACUGUUCUAGAUUACCUCGUGCAGCAAGAUGAAGAUUGCAGAUUACUCACUGUUGGCCAAUGGUAUGCCAUGACCGGUUAUGGUUUGGCCUUUAGUCGUAACUCCAAAUAUGUAGGCAUGUUCAACAAGAGACUUUUAGAGUUUCGAGCAAACGGUGAUCUCGAACGGCUUCGUCGCUUCUGGAUGACUGGCACUUGUAGGCCAGGGAAACAAGAGCACAAAUCUUCAGAUCCGCUUGCAUUAGAGCAGUUUUUAUCUGCCUUUUUGUUACUGAUGGCUGGUAUAUUGCUCGCUGCAUUGUUGCUUCUACUAGAACAUCUUUAUUUUAAAUAUUUCCGUAAACGAUUGGCAAAGAAGGAUCGUGGGGGUUGUUGUGCCCUUAUAUCCCUUAGUAUGGGGAAAUCGUUGACGUUUCGUGGAGCUGUGUAUGAAGCCACGGAAAUACUACGUCGUCAUAGAUGCAAUGACCCUAUUUGCGAUACACAUCUUUGGAAGGUAAAGCAUGAGCUCGAUAUGAGUCGGUUGCGCAACCAGCAUCUUGAAAAGACGAUGCAAGCACAUGGAAUAAAACCUCCACAAGUUAAGCUGGGAUCCACCAGCGAUAUAAUUGGCAUCACGGGAUCGGCAAGCACGCGUGGUCAAAUUAUUGAUGUCUGUCAACAAUCGCAUCUGUUCGGCAAUUUGAGCCUGGGUGGAAGUGCACAAGAUCUUUAUCGUUGGUCCUAUAAGACGGAGAUUGCUGAGAUGGAAACGGUUCUGUAA